AUGCCUGCCACUCAGCACGAUCAGUCCGUCGACGCCGUCGCCGAUGCCCUUCUCAACAAGGGCCACAUCUCUGAGAAGACCUUCCCCCAGGAGCACUUCCACAUCGUCCCCCCAGUCGCCCCCGGAUCCGGCACCCCCGCCGUUGCCGCCGCUACCGCCGAUGGAACCGCCGCCGCUCCUGCCCUCCCCUUGCUCUUCCAGCCUUUCACCGCCAAGAACCUCACCCUCGUCAACCGUGUCGUUGUUGCCCCCAUGUGCAUGUACUCGUCCAAGGAUGGUUUCAUGACCGACUACCAUUUGGUCCACUUGGGUUCCUUUGCCCUUCACGGUGCUGGGUUGGUCCUUGCUGAGGCCACCGCUGUCGAGGCUCGUGGUCGUAUCAGUCCUGGAUGCGCUGGUAUCUACAAGGAUGAUCAUAUCCCUGGUCUCAAGCGCGUUGUUGACUUUGUUCACUCCACCGGCGGAAAGAUUGGUAUCCAGUUGGCCCAUGCAGGUCGCAAGGCUUCAAGCCAGCCCUUCCACACCCCCGAGGUCUUUGGCCCCGAGGAGUACUGGAACGACCAGGUCGUCGGCCCCUCGGGCGGCCCCGACUUCCAAUGGGACGACAAGCACCGCAUCCCCCGCGAGCUCUCCGUCCAAGAGAUCCAGGAUGUCAUCAAGGCCUUUGGAGCCGCCGCCGUCCGCGCCGACAAGGCCGGCAUGGACACUGUCGAGAUCCACGGCGCCCACGGCUACCUGAUUCACAACUUCCUCUCGCCCAUCACCAACCACCGCACCGACAAGUACGGAGGAUCCCUUGAGAACCGCGCCCGUUUCAUGCUCGAGGUCAUCGACGAAGUCCGCAAAAACUUUAACCCCGCCAAACCCAUCUUCCUCCGCCUCUCGGCAUCAGACUGCGUCGAGCACCUCGACAUCACCUCCUUUGAGAUCAACCAGGCCGUCCAGGUCUCCCAGUGGGCCAAGGACGCCGGUGUCGAUGUCAUCCACAUCUCGUCAGGAGGAAACACCGCCCUCCAGAAGGUCUCCUACUCCCCCGGUUACCAGGUCCACUACGCCUCCCGUAUCCGUAAGGACGUUCCCGGCCUUCCCGUCGUCUCUGUUGGUUCGAUUACCUCGGGCAAGCAGGCCGAGGAGAUUCUCCAGAACGGUGAUGCCGAUUUGAUUGCUGCCGCUCGUGCCUUCUUGAAGCACCCAACUUUUGCCCUCGAUGCCGGUCGUGAGCUUGGCGUCAAUGUCAACUAUGCUCCUCAGUACUUUGCCGCCCGCUAUGCUUAA